AUGGCGUUUACAUUAUAUUCCCUUAUUCAAGCGGUGAUUUUGUGUGUUAAUGCUGUCGCCGUAUUGCACGAAGAGAGAUUUUUAAGUAAAAGUAAGUGCCUGUGCAUAUUUUGUUUAGUAUUACUUUCAACAGUGGUUUGCUGACGUUAGCUAGCUAGCUACACCAGUAAUACGUGGAAACGCUUUAGGUUUAUUGAAUGAUCUGCCUCUUAUGGCCCAGGGCCAUAUAAUAUUGCAUUUCUUUAUUCCCUCUAGUUGGCUGGGGUGUGGACCAAAGUGUUGGUGGAUUUGGUGAUGAACCAGGCAUCAAAGUGCAGCUCAUGAUCCUUGUCCGCUCUGUGAGGACAGUGAUGAGA